AAAGUUCCUUGUCUUUGACUAGAGACCAACGCGCGGAAGGGCGGACGAUAGCAGCACUUACUGCUGUUAUUAGCCUUCACAUCUCAAUGAACUAUUGUCAAAGAAUGCACUGAUCAUGCCCACUGCUUUUGCAGGGCAAAAAUAUUGAUCAGUGUUAGAAUAGUGCAUUUUUUCUUAUGAGAUUAUUUUUCAUAGAUUUUUAUUUGUAGGUAGAUAUUUUUCCACCAUGGUGCUAGGAAAGGUAAAGAGCUUCACCGUAAGCUACGACUGUCUCAAUGACAGCAAUGUCCCCGUUUUCGCAAGCGGGGAUUCGGUCUCAGGUAGGGUUAUCAUCGAAGUCACCGGAGAAAUCCGUGUGAAAUCUCUUAAAAUUCAAGCAAAGGGAUUUGCAAAAGUUCGUUGGACUGAAUCCCGAAAUGCUGGAUCUAACACUGCCUAUACGCAAAAUUACACAGAAGAAGUGGAAUAUCUAAACCAUAGAGACAUCCUAAUUGGACAUGAAAGAGAUGAGGACAACUCAGAAGAAGGUCUCACCACUAUCCAUUCAGGAAGACACGAGUAUGCAUUCAGCCUUGAGCUUCCACAGACACCUCUGGCUACCUCGUUGGAAGGGAAGCACGGCAGUGUGCGUUACUGGGUGAAGGCCGAGCUACACAGGCCAUGGUUUCUGCCCAUGAAGACCAAGAAAGAAUUUACAGUGUUUGAACACAUCGACAUAAACACUCCUUUACUCCUGUCACCCCAGGCAGGUACGAAAGACAAGACUUUAUGCUGCUGGUUCUGCACCUCAGGUCCAAUCUCCUUAAGUGCCAAAAUCGAAAGGAAGGGAUAUACCCCAGGAGAGUCAAUUCAGAUCUUUGCCGAGAUCGAGAAUUGUUCCUCUCGCAUGGUCGUGCCAAAGGCAGCCAUUUACCAAACACAGACCUUUAAAGCCAAAGGUAAACUGAAGGAGGUCAAACAGCUGGUGGCCAACCUCCGAGGGGAGUCGCUGUCCUCUGGCAAGACGGAGACGUGGAGUGGCAAAAUGCUGAAGAUCCCCCCCGUCUCUCCCUCCAUCUUGAACUGCAGCAUCAUCCGAGUGGAGUAUUCUCUCAUGGUGUACGUGGACAUCCCCGGAGCCAUGAACCUGUCUCUGAACCUGCCACUGAUCAUCGGCACCAUCCCGCUGCACCCCGUUGGCAGCCGCACCUCCAGUGUCAGCAGCCAGUGCAGCAUGACCAUGAGCUGGCUAGGCAUGACCCUGCCAGAGCGCCCUGAAGCCCCACCAAGCUAUGCCGAGAUCAUGACAGAGGAGCAGAGACGGAGCCUGGAGGUGACCUCAGCCAGGGAUGAGUUGGAGGGAUCACUCUUUGCCUACAUCCAGGAGUUCCGCUUCCAGCCCCCUCCUCUCUACUCUGAGGUUGAUCCCAAUCCUGAUCAAGCCAGCCGGACAGAGGAGAGAAGAUCUGACACCUGUCCAUCACGCUGAAGGAAACUCAGAGCCCCGCCCGGAGAUGUUUCGGGCGUUACUAGUCGGCUCUGUUUUUGUUUUAUCCCCCCCAGCGACAGCGUUCGCAUGCCGCCGUCGAUGUUGAGAGAAAACAAAACAAAGAAACAAACAUGGAUGAUACCACGGUUGAACGAAGCCCCUCCCACAGAGAGAGUCACAGGAAGUCAGUACAGGAAGACUUCCUGGCAGCCUGCCUGGCCGGGGCAUGGCUAGACAAACACACACCUGACCUGUGUAAAAAGAAACCCCUGUAGUGGAGACAGCCUUGGUGGAGUGAUGAUGCCGUGCCAGGGCCCUGUCUGCCUAUAGCUCUUAAUAUCCUGCUUUCUUCUGUAACCAUGGCAUACAGACAUGGCUCUCACACAGAGCAGAACUGUCAUGUCGAAAUCUGAGCAGAAAAAAAAGAAGAAACAGGAAGAAGAGAAAACAAUAUAAGCACCACUGUCUGAAGAGCUGAGCAGCAGAGAGACUACCUUCUUCCUGUCUGAAGAGCUGAGCAGCAGAGAGACUACCUUCUUCCUGUCUGGAGAGCUGAGCAGCAGAGAGACUACCUUCUUCCUGUCUGAAGAGCUGAGCAGCAGAGAGACUACCUUCUUCCUGUCUGAAGAGCUGAGCAGCAGAGAGACUACCUUCUUCCUGUCUGAAGAGCUCAGCAGCAGAGAGACUACCUUCUUCCUGUCUGAAGAGCUCAGCAGCAGAGAGACUACCUUCUUCCUGUCUGGAGAGCUGAGCAGCAGAGAGACUACCUUCUUCCUGUCUGAAGAGCUGAGCAGCAGAGAGACUACCUUCUUCCUGUCUGAAGAGCUCAGCAGCAGAGAGACUACCUUCUUCCUGUCUGAAGAGCUCAGCAGCAGAGAGACUACCUUCUUCCUGUCUGGAGAGCUCAGCAGCAGAGAGACUACCUUCUUCCUGUCUGAAGAGCUCAGCAGCAGAGAGACUACCUUCUUCCUGUCUGAAGAGCUCAGCAGCAGAGAGACUACCCUCCACCUGUCUGAAGAGCUGAGCAGCAGAGAGACUACCCUCCUCCUAUCUGAAGAGCUCAGCAGCAGAGAGACUACCCUCCUCCUGUCUGAAGAGCUCAGCAGCAGAGAGACUACCCUCCACCUAUCUGAAGAGCUCAGCAGCAGAGAGACUACCCUCCUCCUGUCUGAAGAGCUCAGCAGCAGAGAGACUACCCUCCUCCUGUCUGAAGAGCUCAGCAGCAGAGAGACUACCCUCCUCCUGUCUGAAGAGCUCAGCAGCAGAGAGGCUACACUCCACCUGUCUGAAGAGCUGAGCAGCAGAGAGACUACCCUCCUCCUGUCUGAAGAGCUCAGCAGCAGAGAGACUACCCUCCUCCUGUCUGAAGAGCUCAGCAGCAGAGAGACUACCCUCCUCCUGUCUGAAGAGCUCAGCAGCAGAGAGACUACCCUCCUCCUGUCUGAAGAGCUCAGCAGCAGAGAGACUACCCUCCUCCUGUCUGAAGAGCUCAGCAGCAGAGAGACUACCCUCCUCCUGUCUGAAGAGCUCAGCAGCAGAGAGACUACCCUCCUCCUAUCUGAAGAGCUCAGCAGCAGAGAGACUACCCUCCUCCUGUCUGAAGAGCUCAGCAGCAGAGAGACUACCCUCCUCCUGUCUGAAGAGCUCAGCAGCAGAGAGACUACCCUCCUCCUGUCUGAAGAGCUCAGCAGCAGAGAGACUACCCUCCUCCUGUCUGAAGAGCUCAGCAGCAGAGAGACUACCCUCCUCCUGUCUGAAGAGCUCAGCAGCAGAGAGACUACCCUCCUGUCUCAUGAGGGAUUUUUGCACAUGUUAUUCUUGGCUUAAGUUGUGUAGUUCCGUUUUGAAGAAGAAAAAAUGAUCCCUAAUGUUUUUUUCAGCCUAGUAACAUGCUGGACGAAAGAGACUGCAGGCUUAACGCCUAGACUCCUUAUCCGCACAACUUCGAACAACGCAGAGAACAUAGAUACUUGGGGGAACGCAAGACUGAAAAGGACAGAAACGAUGCACUGACCUUGUUUAAUCUGUUUUAAGAUGUUCUUUUUCUUGGUCACAUUUCCUUAAUGACGUGUAGACAGGACUUGAAAGCAGCAGCACACUCUCCAUUCAAAAGCUAUUGUUCAAUGUCUCCUCAGUUGGCUUCCUUUUUACUUUACUAGAUUCUGUCUUUUGAUUUAGUUCCCAACUUAGAAUGCCUUCGAUCCAAUCAUAUGUUGCUUUGUGUUUAUGUUGCAUUGUGUUCUGGAGAAGAGGAGCCUCAGGCCAGCACUUGCCACUCAAGUAGAGCAUUAGCUGCAGAGACUUGUCAGUGUGUGUAUGAGUAUGCGUGCGUGUGGAAUGCCCAUCCUCAGUGUCCCCGUCCCUCUACUCACAGCACAGAGUGACGCAGGCUUACAUACUGGCAAAAAAACACUGUAAUAGGUGGUCUUCUCACUUGGCAAAAAACCCCAAGAUGUUUUAAUUGCACUGUUUGAAAUAGUAAAAGGAGGAUUUCUCAUAUUUUAAAAUAGUAUAUUACCAAAACAAGAGAGAAGAGGAAUACACAGAACAGCAAGGUAGCUACCGAAGACCAACAACAUUCCCUUUUUGUCCAUACUUCACUUGCCGACUUCAUUCACCAACUACUUCAUUUUCCAGACCAGUGAAGACUGAAAUGCUAGAAUUAUAUAUCUAAAAAAAAGUAAGAGUACAUGGUUUGAUCUGCUUCUAAAAAUGGGGCAGAUGCAAACCCAGCCUAGCAAACUACUGGGGAAUAAUGGAGGCUGGUGGGAGGAGCUAUAGGAGGAUGGGCUCGUUGUAAUGGCUGGAAUUAAUGGAAGGGUAUCAAACAUAUAGAAACCACAUGUUUGACCCCGUUCCUUUUAUUCCAUUCCAGCCAUUACAAUAAGCCCCUCCUAUAGUUCCUCCCACCAGCCUCCACUAUGUUAGAUGUUGCUAAAGCUCCACUCAAACUGGCCAGAACAAAUAGUGGUAGGUUGACAUGAGUAAUACAUUGGUUUUCAAACUCAUUCAACACCUAGACCAGCUAGACCAGAGCUCUGGCAUCGUCUUAAGGAGGCACUUUUUGAUAAUAAAAACAAACAAACUAGCAUUGAUGGUGGGAGGUCUGUAAAAAGUCUGGUAACACAUAAUACUUUCUGUUGAGAAAUGUAGUCAAGCAGUGUUGUGAUGGACAUGAAUGCAUUAUUUCAUCUUCUAAGAUUAGAGACUUUUUAAAAAAGUUUACAGUUUUGAAUUAGUUGACACAAGUGUGUAUGUUAUGUUUUUGUGCUCUGUUAAGAUCCAGCUAGCAAAUAUAAGGAUACUGCUUACAGUAACAACAAACUAGGAAUUCAAGUGAUCUUAUCUUAGUGGCCUUGACACAGAUCUGACCUAAUUAUGAUGCUUCAUUAUCGAAUGUCUAAACAAUUUACAACCUUACUCUUUUUUUUCUCUUUUCUGUGUCUGUAUGUAUUAGUCAUUUUAAGUUUGUCAAAGGAACAAAAAAGGGAAGAAAAAAAUAGUCCGUAAAAGAAAAGAAAUGACGAUCCCUGGAUGAGCCUUUUUGAUUGUGCAUUUGUAUGAAUGUCUUUACUGAUGGCUUGGCUAGAUAAUGUACUAGGGUAUUGAUGGUUUGUUUUCCAGUCAGACAACCCCAUUUAGUUCAGUUCUACUCACCUCUCAGCUUCAUGGAACAGCUGUGGAUCAGCAACCUUCCCUCCCCCACUGAGAAUGAAUCAGGUAACAAGUGGAAUAGAUCGAUAUUCUAAGAUAAAAUCCCUCUCACUUAUUUUUGUGUUUUUUUUUUUGUUGCUUUGAUUUUUAUCUUAGGGAAUCUGUAUCGAGUUAAAAGAAAAAUGAAUAAGCUUAAAUCAGUUUCAGGUUGGUCGAUUCUAUAGUCCGUUGUUUGGUGUAGUCAGUGUAGUCCAGUGUUAAGUGAGGAAUCAAAAUGCUAAGAAUGGGAAAGUUGAUCUAAAAUAUUUUAGAAACAAAGUGCAAUAUUACUCAUUUGAAUGUGUUUUAUUCUCUAUUUGUAAAUCUAAUUUCUCCUUUGUCUUUACAGUUUGUUGGGCAUGAUCGUCUAUAGAUAUUGUAUGAAUAUCCUGAAUGAUUGUAACCAUUUUGUCUAGUUAUUCUUUUGAGUUUAAUAAACUUUUGUAAAAAAUCA